GUCAAAUGCACAAUAAUAAAGAAAAGCGAGGAAUUUAAAGCAAACAGCAUUAGACGAUUUUAACAAAACAUAUUUAUUUCAUGCAGAACGAAGAAAAUAAUUAUUGGCCUAACAAAAUGCAUGGCGCAGAAACGGAGUCGACGACAACAGCUGCGACUGCAUCUGGACAACAAUCAAGUUUUACUCCAUACCAGCAAUCAAUACAAUCCAUGCCGCAUUUAAUGCCUAAUCCUUCACCGACACCGUGGAACCUUCAUACAAUGCCAUGGAAAAUAGCUAGCACAAGUGUAGGGCAAAAUAGCGUAAUGCAGUUUAGUGCCCAAGUUAACGAGGAUGUUCAUUGUCGAACAGCUCUUCAUCAGAAACGCAAAUCAGAUAUAGAAGUUCAAGUACCCGUCAAGCAAUUCAUUUCAGAAGAAAAAAUCACUGCUCAUUUUAAUGGCCUGCACAUAUCUAGUGAUUACAUUCAAAAUGAUAUACAUGAGACUAACAACUCUAUGUCCGGUGAUGACACACCUAGUACUAGUACCGGUAGAUGCUUUACUAAUCUCACAUACGAAGACUAUCAGAUAACUGCGAAAGAAUUAGAACAAAAAUUGCGUAACGCCAGCCGCUUUACUGUGUGUGACCAGUUAAAAAGACUUCAAGAGCAAGAACUUAAAUCAAGCUUUUUACCAGAAGCGCUUUUAAAUCGAAUCGAAAAACCUUGUACCGCCUUGGUGCUUUGGCAGCCACCUCCAGUGCUAGAGUUACUCCAUCGCAAAAAAGAAAAUGAAUUGACUCCAACCAGCAGCGAUAGUACAAGUGCAGAUAGUUUUGGCACUGCUGAUAUAGCGGAUGCUGAUACUAUAUGCGACGAUGACGAAUUUUCUGAACAUGAUCCCGAGUUGGAAGAUAUCGACGACUUUGUGGACAAUAAUAAUACAUGUCGUUUGGAUUUUAACAAUAUGAAAGCCGAUCAUAUGGAGGAAGAUUUGUAGUUCAAUAAAAGUAACUAUUUUACGGACAAAAUGUAUUACUGAAAGUAAUCUUCCAUUUUCUAACGCUACUAAUACGGAUUUUAAUAGGUUUUUUUAUUGCUUCCGUAACGUUUCUUAUAAAGCGCGGAGAAGUUGCCACUCUCGGAACUGAAAUGUAGUUAUGAAAAAAAUAUUUGUAGACGUACAAGUUGUGGUAUAAAUGAGUAUAUGUAUUCCAGGAAGCUUUAUAACUAUAAUUAAUAAUUUUCUACUUAUUUUUGUAAAAUACAUUAAACUAUUAUAAGGCAAUAACGUUUCGUCACAAUGAUUUAU